AUGGCGUUGUUUCUUGACCCGGCAUCAGUUACGUAUAACCUUGACGGCCCACCGCCGAACAGUAGUAUUCUGGAGUCUUGGCGACUGGUCCACCAGCGAGAGGACCACGAUGAUAAACUUGACAUCACUGUACCCAAGGCCCAUGAGGAGGUGCGGAGAGCCGAAUACCAGACCUCCCGUAAGAAACUUGUCGGCGAUGCCAACGUCCGAUACGGUUAA